UACGGCAUGGGCAAAUUCAUCACCCCUUGGACGAUCGAGGCAGGUUUUAUACCGGCCUUCAUGACCAACAUGGCGUUGACCGUGUUUUUCUGUGCUUGUGGAGCAAUCUUUUACUACUACGGAAAGACGUUCCGUAGGUGGACCAGGAACAGCACCGUUCACAACUUGUAGAAGAUGAAGGAUCUAUGCUAGAAAUCGUGACCUGAGCUAGGCUCUAGAGACUAUAGUUGUCAAUAAGAAGUUGCAUGGCGAAGAUUUGCAGAUUAC